AUGGCAUCAUCUGUGUUUCGCCCCGGAGCAACUGCACUCAUCUCAGGCUCGGCGGGCGGUGUAGGAUUCGCCUUUGCACGCAUCUGUCGACAACACGGCAUGCACCUGGCGCUCCUCGACAGAGACACCGACAACCUAGCGGCCGCCGUAGACCUCCUCCAAUCCGAAUCCCCCCAGCCCGACCUGAAAAUCGAAUCCUACUCCAUCGACGUCUCGGACCUCCCAGCCUGGAAAUCCGUAUCAACCAAAGUCAAAUCCACCUUCGGCCCCUCACUCGACCUCCUGAUGCUCAACGCAGGCCACUCGCCCAAACCGUCCGGCACCUCCCGCUGGCUCGACGUCGACUACUGGCACAAAACCCUCGACACUAACCUCUUCGGCGUCGUCAACGGCAUCGCCACCUUCCUCCCCAACAUCCAGGCCUCCACGGGGCCCUCGGCCGUUGUCAUCACGGGCUCCAAGCAAGGUAUCACCAACCCGCCCGGCAACCCAGCCUACAACUGCUCCAAAUCCGCCGUCAAGUCCAUCGCCGAGCACCUCGCGCACGACCUGCGCACCCCCUCGCACGAGCACCACCACCCCACCGCCUCCGUGCACCUCCUCAUCCCCGGCUGGACCUACACGGGCCUCUCCGGCAACCCGGGCCCGGCGCCGUCGCAGGAUGCCAUCGACAAGAAACCCGCCGGCGCGUGGCUGCCACAGCAGUGUGCGCAGUACGGUGUGGACCGCAUCAAGGAGGGCAAGUUCUACAUCGUGUGUCCGGACAACGAUGUCGACGAGGCGCUGGAUCAGGCGCGCAUGACGUGGGCGGUUGGGGACGUGGUGGAGGGCCGGAGCGCGCUGAGUCGCUGGGACGAGCUGUUCAAGAACGAUGCGGCAGCGUGGAUCGCCGAGGAUGCGAAGAGGCGGAGGGGAGAUGCGAAGGAUGAUGGGCUUGCUACGAGAUAA